AUGAGUAGUGCACCCCUCAUUUUAUCACGCUACCCUUUCAACACCUUUAAUGCCCUUUUCUCUUGCGCCAAGUUUCUCUCUUUGGCUCAGCAACUUCACGCUCAGGUCAUCAUCAACGGGCUCUACAGGGAGGUUUUCUAUGGUUCCAACAUCACCAAUGCUUAUGUCCAAUCGGGUUCUCUUCCACUUGCAACAAAAGCCUUUGAUCAGAUCACUGCAAAGAAUCCUCACUCUUGGAACACCAUCAUCGCCGGUUACUCAAAAGGCUGUCUCUAUGAUUAUGUUUUGAAGCUUUUCCGAGACUUGCGAAGUGACGGCAAUGCAGUUGAUAGCUUCAACUUGGUGUUUGCCAUUAAAGCGAGUCAGAGGUUGAUGUUUUUUCAUAAUGGGAGAUUGCUUCAUUGUUUGGCCAUCAAAUCUGGGUUGGAAGGAGACCUGUUUAUCGUGCCAGCACUUUUGAACAUGUAUGCUGAGUUGGGUUCUCUGAACGAUGCCCACAAGCUGUUUGAACGAUAUUCUUACAGAAGCUCCGUUAUGUGGGGUUUUAUGAUAAAGGGGUAUUUGAAAUCUUCGCAAGAACCCCGCGUUUUUGAGCUACUCUCUAAUAUGACUAACUAUUUUGAUUUCCGAUGCGAUGUUUUCACAAUGGAAGGCUUAGUUCGAGCCUGUGCAAACGUCUUGGCUGGGAGAGAAGGGAAAGCAUCUCAUGGUGUAUGCAUAAAGAACAAUCUUUUGGUGAAUGCCUGCUUGCUGACAUCGGUCAUAGAUAUGUAUAUGAAAUGUGGCUUUACUCGUUAUGCAUUUUUGUUGUUUGAAAAAGCUCAUGAUCGCUGGGAUGUGGUUCUAUGGAGUGCUUUAAUCAAUGGAUGUGCCAAAAAAGGGAAAUUUUGUGAAGCUUUGUCCGUGUUCAAAAGGAUGCUGGAAAAUUCAACCGCCCCAAAUCCGGUUACUUUGUCAGGCGUGAUCCUAGCUUGCUCUGGUGUGGGGUCUUUGAAACAAGGAAAAAGUGUGCACGGAUUUGUGAUUAGAAACAUGGUUGAAUUAGAUGUGGUGAAUUAUACCUCUCUUUUGGACAUGUAUUCAAAAUGCGGUUGUGUCAGAACUGCUUACAAAAUCUUCUGUAUGAUGCCGGUAAAAAAUGUAGUCUCUUGGACUGCAAUGAUAAAUGGAUACGCAAUGCAUGGCCUGUAUUUGGAAGCCCUUUCUACUUUUUAUCAAAUGACACAAAAUGAGUGUAUUGUAUUCGGAAAACAGGUGCCCAACUCUGUUACAUUUACUUCAGUUCUAUCAGCUUGCGGUCACUCUGGAAUGGUUCAGGAGGGGUUGAGGAUCUUUAAUUCUAUGAAAGAUAAUGGCAUUUCUCCAACUGAGCAACACUAUGCCUGCAUGGUAGGUAUCUUGGCUAAAGCUGGUCAAUUUGAUGCAGCAUUAUCCUUUCUAUCAGACAUGCCCAUAAAACCUGGUCUUAAUGCUUGGGGAACUUUGUUAAGUGCAUGUAGAUUCCAUAAACGAGUUGAACUUGCUGAAGAAAUAGCGAAGAGGCUUUCACUUGUAGAGCCUAAUGAUGAUUUCUCCUGCCAAGCUUCACUGGCAAACAUGUACAUCGAUGGGAUAGGAAAGAUGACAGUGGCUGAAGAGGGGCUUAAUAAGUGUCUUGGCUUCUCCUCAAUUGAAGUUAGGAAUAAGUUACGUGUAUUUAGUUCCAAUGAUACACUUGCAUUCACAAGCCCAGAUAUCAGUCAUACUUGGAAUUCUUAG